AACUUUCUUCUUUAUGGUUCGUUUAUGUUGAAAAUUUGUUUUCACGUAAACUAAUUUAGAUUUUGUUGAAUUUUAGGGGAAUCUUCCUAUUUUUGAUUCAAAUACACAAAUCUAAAACGCUACUAUGAAUCGUAGAAGGCACGAAGAAGAAGAUGGCUAUGAGCGUCUUCACCGAAAGCGGCGUCGUGUAUCUGAAAAUCAAGAAAUAGAAGAUCGCCUAGAAUCUCUUAUCUUGAGAGUUGGCGAGAAAAGCAGCUCCAGUCUAGAGAGCAACUUGGAAGGACUUGCCAGCGUCCUAGAGGCUGACCUCAGUACUUUUCGGAUGAAAAUUCUUCGCAUCCUUACUGAAUGCGCCAUUCGAAUGCCAGAGAAGUGCACCAUCUACGCUACAUUAGUUGGUUUGCUCAAUGCCAAAAACUACAACUUUGGUGGUGAAUUUGUUGAUUACAUUGUCAAGACUUUCAAGGAGAACUUGAAGACUGGCAAGUGGAAUGCCGCCAGGUACUGUCUUAGGUUCAUAUCUGACUUGGUCAAUUGCCAUGUGUUGGCUGCAUCAUCUCUGUUGACUCUGCUGGAGACGCUAGUAGACUGCGCCAACGAGGAUGGGGUGCCACAGGUGCGCCGCGACUGGUUCGUGUUUGCCGUGCUGUCGGCACUACCCUGGGUGGGCCGCGAGCUGUAUGAGAAAAAGGAAUCUCAGCUGGACCACUUACUCGUCACUAUUGAAGUAUUCCUAAACAAGAGGAGCAAGAAACACUGGCCAGCGCUGAAGGUGUGGUCGGCAGACUCCCCGCACUUGCAGGAAGAGUACCUGGACUGCCUCUGGGCUCAGAUCAAGAAGUUGAGGCAGGACAACUGGUCUGAAAAGCACAUUCCAAGGCCAUACUUGGCCUUUGAUUCUAUACUGUGUGAAGCUUUGCAGCACACUUUGCCAACUAUUCAGCCACCACCUCACAAUGACGGGGACAGUUACCCAAUGCCACGGGUAAUAUUCCGCAUGUUUGACUACACUGACUGCCCUGAUGGGCCAGUCCUGCCUGGAGUUCACUCCAUCGAGAGGUUCCUCAUUGAGGAACAUCUGCACAACAUCAUUGAAGCUUACCACUUGGAGAGGAAAGAGUGUGCGGCACAGCUACUUUGCUUCCCGUACAAGGCAAAGAUUCCGCUAGAGUAUUGUAUUGUGGAGGUGAUCUUUGCAGAGCUGUUUAACUUGCCUCGUCCAAGAUACUUGGAGAUCUGUUAUGGAUCUAUUUUGAUUGAGCUGUGUAAGCUACAGCCUUCUACUAUGCCUCAAGUGUUGGCUCAAGCUACAGAGAUCCUAUUUUUGAGGAUUGAUACAAUGAAUGUGGCAUCCUUUGACAGGUUUGUCAACUGGUUUGCCUACCACCUGAGCAACUUCCAGUACCGCUGGUCGUGGGAGGAUUGGGAAGCGUGCAUUCAGCUGGACCCAGACCAUCCCAAGCCGAGGUUCAUCAGAGAAACGCUUGGGAAAUGUCUCAGGUUGUCCUACCACCAGAGAAUCAAGGAUAUGAUGCCGGAAUCGUUUGCUGCCUUUGUCCCUCCGAAACCUGAGCCCAUUUACAAGUAUUCCAUGGAAGGUGCAGCAUCGCUCCCGGGCACAGAAGCGGCCCACCAACUCGUAGUCUGCGUGCGCAACAAGUGCACCCCUGAAGAGGCGCUGAACGUGGUCCGCUCGCUGCCGAACCCGCUGCGCGAGGGCGAGGCGGCGGCGAGCGCGCAGGCCGCGCCGCACAACCCGCUCAAGAUCGACGUGUUCGUGCAGACGCUGCUCAACCUGGGCAGCAAGAGCAUCUCGCACAGCGCCGCCGCCAUAUCCAAGUUUCACUAUGUGUUUAAGAUCCUCGCAGAAUCCGAAGAGGCCCAAAUCUGCAUCCUGCGCAACGUGUGGGAGCUCUGGCAGCGACACCCGCAGAUGGUCUGUGUGUUAGUGGACAAGAUGCUCAAGACACAGAUAGUGGAGUGCAGUGCGGUCGCCACCUGGCUGUUCUCCAAGGAGAUGAGCCAGUACUUCACACACGGCUAUCUAUGGGAGAUACUGCAUCUGACGAUUGAUAAGAUGAACAAGCAUGUCACUAAGCUGAGCAAAGAGCUGCAAGAAGCUCGGGAGGCGCUGGCCCGCGCUGACUCCAGCAGUUCUGAUUCUGAAGACGAAGGCGCUAGCAAGAAGAAGAAGGACCAGGAUAAGCCUACUGAGGAGGCCGUAGAACGCAUGGAAGAGCGCCUCGAAGCCGCGCACAUGGACCAGAAGCGGCUCUUCCUCAUCGUGUUCCAGCGGUUCAUCAUGAUCCUGUCGGAGCACCUGGUGCGCUGCGACACGGACGCGCGCGACCCCGACACGCACUGGUACCGCGGCACCACCGCGCGCCUCGCCACCGUGUUCCUCAAGCACCACGAGCAAGUGCAGAAGUACAGCAGCACAUUGGAAACUCUCCUCUUCACUCAAGAUCUGGACCCGCAUAUCCUGGACAUAUUCCACCAGUUCACGGCCCUCACGUCAUAGACAACGAGACCUCGGAAGAAGGAAGUGACUAUACUGUAUAUGGCCAGGACGUUGGCCAUAGACAAAUAUGUUGAAGAAAGGAGGUUUGACGGAAAAGUUUUCUUAUGUAAUUAAAUGAGAUAAGGGAAGGUAAUGCUAAUUUGGCAUGGUUUUAUGUGGAACGAAAGAUUUUCAUUUAAUUAGAUUAAGCGAAUUUUAUUUAGGGUUGACUGAAGAUAAGGAUAAUUUAUUGUGUUUUAAAUAAAGCUAUUAUGUAACACAUUCAAUUUAAAGUGCACAAAUAAAUAACGACUACGUUUGAAAUAUGCAUUUGAUUGAGUAAACGAGAGUUAAGUAUAUUUUAAAUCUAUUAAAAUGUAUUUCAGUAUGUUUAUGUAAAUAUAAACCGAUUGUAAUAUCUUA